GAUGGAAAAAAUAGAUUUCUUUUGUCUUAGAAGAAUUUCAAGAAGCAAUAAAUUUAGGGCUAAUAUGCAUGCUUUUGUGCGUAGAAAUAUCUCAAGUGUCUCAGCUGGUGACGUCAUGCUAUAAUGAUGCAAAUCUUUCGCUAAAUGUCACAACCGUGGAGUAUUAUAAAUAAAGUUUGACACUUUGGAAAGCAUACAUUUUGCAGUUUCCAGCAAGAGAAGCAAAACAAUUCACGAUGGCAUCGCGUUCAGUUGGAAGAUUAACAAAGUCAAUAUUUUCAAAAAGCGUUUUACCUCGCGCUGUUUUGGGCCAGAGACUUUCCUUCAACUCAAGCGCGUCGCCAAGAGAUCGUAUAUGGUCUUGUAGUAAAGAAACUGAUCGAAGCCAAAUUGGCUUGGAGUGUUUAAAAGAUAUGGUAAUCGAUGGAGAUUUACAACUUUUUGACGUACGAGAACCUCACGAACUUGUUUCACUUGGGAAAAUACCGAAGUCUGUUAAUAUUCCAUUGACAGAAAUUGUCGAGGCCUUUAGCAUGAGUCCAUCAGAUUUCGAGAAAAAAUACGGUGUCAGAAAACCAGAUGUUAAAGACGAAAAUCUCAUCUUCCAUUGUCAAACUGGUCGGCGAGCAGGGAAGGCCGUGGAAAGUGUCAAAGGACUGGGGUUUGAAAAGGCCAGUCGUCUGGUUGGAGGAUGGUCUGAACUGGACUUCCAUAUCAAAAGGAAGCCUCACAGUACCCCGCGCGAAAUCACAUUCGAACGUUGAUGACAGAUGUGCAGUUCGAACAAAUAAAUAUCCCCACUGGGGAAGGAACUGAAUUGUCGCCCUCAAACCAGCGAUGUUUUAUAUUUAUAAUCUAAUUUAAACGUCGUUUAAAUCUGUCUUGUAAUAUUUAGUCAUCUUUAGUUGAUAAAUUCAUUUUCACUUCUAAUAUUUUAACUUGUGACCAAUACGCAUUUAAUGUAUGGUCCCUAGGGAAACAGUUAGGAGUCCUGAUGUUUCCCGAGACGAAGUCCAGGGAGACAUCAGGACUCGAGGGAAAACAACAUUAGCUAGUUUCCCGAAGGACUAUACAUAAAGCACUUUGUUAUAUAUUUAGACUUUCCCUUAAACAAUCAUAUGGCAAAGAUAUGCUGUUAUAUUCGACGCGUGGGCAACAACUGCGCAUAUUGUAUCCCGGUCGGGAUACAUUUGAAUUUGAUCAGGGGCACAUGAACAAGAAUUAACCAAUCACAGUGCUCGUUUUGUUGAGUGAAAGUCUAGGUAUAUAAAAAUGAUCUAUAUUUCAUAUUUCACUGAUGAAAAAAAGAAGUGUCCUAUUUUUUUUAACUUAUCAUGAGCUUAUUGUACUGAAAAUAUUUUAUUUAUUGUUAUUGUUAUUUCCCAAAUUUUGUCUGCAAAUUGUAAUAUAUUUUUUAAUGGAUUUGUUGCUGUAAAUAACUCUGUUAUCUAAAUUAGUAAUGUCAUUUGCCGAACUCUAUGGAACCCCAGGUAGAGCUCAUUAUGUGAGAGAAAGUCACAUAACUCCGGGAAAAGUGGCCAGGCAAUUGAGUUAGUUCACCUGGGUCUCUAGAUGAUGACAUAUUUUGAGUUUUUUUUUUUUUUUAGUAUUAUAUUACAUUGUUUCAAUUUUUAACGGAUUGGUUGCCAAGUGUAUUGUAAACUGCUUCAUUAAUUUAUUAUUUAUUAUUUGCAAUUUUUAAAAACACCAUGAUAUUAUUUAAAUUAUUUUAGCAUUUAUAUUCAUGUAAAAUAAUUUCAUAGUUUUCAAAAGUGCAACACCAAGGUUGAUAACUACCUUACUGGUACACAAUCAUGUGUUUGACCUUUUGAUUGAAAUGCUGCUGAACAAUUUGCACAGUCUGCAGUUCCAACAAGGCUAUAUUUUAUAAAAGAGUAUUACAGAAACAUUGCAUCAUCACACUUGUUGAACUAUCAUAUUUUUUUUUUGGUAUAAUUUGUAAUUUAGAUGUAAGAAAAAAAAAAUGAUUUGUAAGUACUGGUAAUUCACUCAAUAAAUCAGAAUGUAGGGAAAGAAAAGAUGAUGAAUUUUCUGGAUGAAUACACCUAUAAGCUCUGUUCAGAC